AUGUCCCAAGGCAACUCCUAUGAGAACCUUGACCGCACUGAGGGGAUGGAGAUGGAGAAACAAGAGAGGAGGAAAAUGCCUAAAGGAGUGCUGUCCCUCCUCACCUGGUCUCUGGAGAGACCCGUCACGCUGCUCUACGUGCUUCUGGCCCUCACCUUCGUGCUCUUCACGGCUCUCACCAUCGUGAACGCCCAGAGAGAUAAACAGCUCUCUGGGGAGCUCGAGGCGAUUCACAGCCGACUUCUGAAUGUGUCACAAGAAGUGGAGAACAUGCGGUGGAAGAUGACGCAGUGCAAAGCAGAGUGCGGGAAGGAGCUGUCCGAUCGGCUCCGCGUCCUGGAAAUUCUCUGCACGAGGUGUCCGGCCGGCUGGCUGCAGUUCGCCAAGACUUGUUAUUUCUUCUCCACCACCACCAAACCCUGGCUGGAGGCUAAAGACUUCUGCACCAAUUUCAAUGCCCAUCUGGCCAUCAUCGACAGUGAGCAGGAAAAUAAAUUUCUGGCAAAUAACAUCAUGGAGACGCGGGUGUUCUGGCUGGGCCUGACAGAUGUGCACAAAGAAAGCGAAUGGCAAUGGGUGGACGGCCGCUCCCUCUCGCUCUCGUUCUGGAACCCAGGGGAACCCAACAAUGUGGGCGAGCACGGUGAGGACUGUGCCACCAUCUACACCACCGGCCGCUGGAACGAUGUGCCGAAGCGUGACGCCUGUUUUGCCAAAACUCUGCGCUGCCGGAUUCACCGCCCGGCAUGGAGGCAGCGGCUCCGCUGGAAGAUUUGGGAUUUCAUUGGCGUGGUGUUUAACACCCGUGGAACCGAAACCUCGAGGCUGAACCACUGGCCAAAAUGGGGUGCCGGAGGCGGCGAGGGGUGUGCCGAGGAGCAUGCCGAGGGGUUUAGCUCCCCGCUGGGCGCCUGCGCGGCCGUGACUUUCCCCGGCAAAGCCAUGGCUCAGCAAGAGACCUACGGCAACUGGUUGGGUCCCCCACCAGUACACUCCAAGAGACUGGUGAGACAAGCAGGAAUUUACUCAGUCGCUGGGAGGAUGACACCCAUGGGUGACUUCCGACCGGCGUCCCCGGACAGCUUCGAUGAUGACUACGACGACGUCUCCAUGUCGGAGUCGGAUCGUGGCUGCAAGCCGCCGGCGACCGAUGGGGAUCUGCAGAGCCAGCGGAGCAAAGGAGGCACCGGAGUUUACAUCCUGGCGGGCAAACCGGCAUCUCCAAAUCCUUCCCAAAAGGGUGAGUCGCCCGGGAUCACCGCCGCUAUCCCGCGCCGGUGGCCACGGCCGGAUCUGGACGCGGGAAUUGGGGAUUUCUCCCCGAUUUCUCCUCACCUCCUCCAUAGGUGA